UAAAAUCAAUUAUCUUAUUAUUUAUUUAUACACAUGUGGCAUUGCUUUUACUACUGAAGGUACCAAAGUUAUACAACAUGAAAGGUUGCAGGUCCUUCCCCGUCCUGGUGAUGUUACAGUCAAAAUUGAAUGAGUAGAAAAACAACAUCAAAAUUUUUCCGAACCCUAAAUCUAUAAUUUGUCAAACUAGUUUAUAUUAAAGUAAAGCCACUAACCCUAAAUCUAUAAUUUGUUAAAGUAGUUUAUAUUAAAUUAAAGCCACUCCAAAGCUAAUUGUUAUGAACACCCUUCCUAAUGCUCCAACAUAUAAUGUAGAAAUAUUUAAAUUGAUACCGCAAUAGAGCUUCUUGCUUUCAAUUGAAUGAGGUAGUUAGACUGUUGUUAUCUGCACUAAAAGAAUUUUGAAUUUAAAGUUUCGUCUUAUGACUGAAGCUUACAGCCGUAGAGGAAAAAUAACAACUCUACAUCUAAUCACACUACUAAACACAGUAUUUAAUGCAAGAGGAGGAAGAAUCUACAUGUAACCCUCCCUCCCUAAUUAGAUUUGGCAUCCCUCAAAAGGUAUGAAAUGAUCAAAAUAUUCAAAGAUUUUUCAUUACCACGUUUUAGCAAAUCUACUGAGAUACCGGAUUUUAUUUUUCAAAUCUGAGUGAUAUUGAAAAUUUUGCGUGCAUUUUUUAUCAGAAAUUGUAAAAUUUUCGGUAAUUUUUAUCAGAAAAUUUAAAAUAUCAGAUAUUUUGUACAGGAAAUUUCAUAAUUUCUGGUAUCCUUAUAAAUUUAUAAAAAUAUUGGAAAUUUUGAAAUUUCCGGUAUUUUUUUUUUUAAUUUAUAAAUGUUAUUUUUCUUAUAUUUUUAAUAUUUUCAGUGCGGACUAGAGGCAAAGAUGAUAGUGUUGCAGGACGGGCCAUUGAUAGAGCCGAUGUUCUUGCUUGGGCGGCUGCUGAUGAGGUUGGUACCUCAUUGUUACGUGCUGGACGCGUUUUUCCGACCGGUUCUAACCGAAAACGGAUGGCUGAGCAGGCGGGGAGGGGGUUCCCCGCACCUUGCCGCCGAGGUGGUAGAGCUGUUGUGGACGAGCAGGUAAUUCAGGAUGAAGUUGUUGAGGUUGAGGCGGUGACUGUUGUUCAGGAGUCGGUGGCUGUUGUUGAGGAGCUGGUGCCUGUUGCUGAGGAGCAUGUGCUUGUUGCUGAGGAGGAGGUUGCUGUUGUCAAGGAGUAUGUGCCUAGAGUUGAGGAGUUAGUGGCUGUGGUUAAGGAGGGGGUUGCUGAGGAGCGGGUGGUGCAUGAUACAGACAUCAUCACAGGUGCAUCUACGGAGCCAUCAGUACACACUGAUGGAGCUUUUCCAGGAGGACUUUCUGACAUGUCCGUUUUGACAAGAUAUGCCGACCAUGUCGCUUAUAGGAUAUGGCAGGACGAGGAGCGUCUAGUGCUGAAGCUUCUCACGGAUCGAAGUUGAAGAACUUUCGCGAGAGACCAAUGUCUGAGCAGGUGGUGAGGAUAGUUCGGGACUUCCAUUUGAUGGACGUUGCGGGAUGCUCCCUGACGAUGCUGGACACCCCUCUAUUAUCAACUUUUGUUGAGAGGUGGCACCCUGAGACAUCAUCCUUCCAUCUUCUAUGAGAUGACAGUGACUUUGGAUGAUGUGCAUUUCCUAUUUCACUUUCCGAUUGUUUGUACGAAUAUCUUUUGUAUGAACAUCCUUUUUAUCGCAUAAUCUUUUUGGCUAGUACAUGUUUCGAGUAGAUAAAGAAAAUAACAUCAAUAACAAACAAACAUAGUUAACAAUCAUCAUAUGACAAACAACAAGCAUAAAUAGUACUUCGAAACAUGAAAACCUAGGCAUUGUGAUAUGUAAUUCAUCUGAACACAGUUGUUACUCUGCCCAAUUUUUGUUUCA